UAAUUCUCUGCGACCAGUAGCUAGUGGAUAGCAAGCAAUUGGCGUGUUGAUUUGACGCCGGCUGCUCUCAACGAUCAGCCAGCCAUGAUGGUAAUGGCAUCGCAUAGUAGCCACUAAUAAUAAGGGAAGCACGAAGGAGGCCCCAGGAAAGAAGCGCUGGUUCGAUGAAGCUGCAUAAAUAAAGCCAGCACGCAAGCCAGCAGAAGCCCAUUUACAUAUAUGCCCUUGUCCCGGUGCCUUUCCCCAGCCCCAACUCCAUUAUUUGCUUGAUCCUUGACAAGAGAGAGAGAGAGGGAGGAAGACGAGAGGCAGAAGCAAGGGAGAAACUGCAGUUCUUCGGUUAGGCAGGAGGGCACAGGAAGGAAGGGGGGAGAUGGCGUCAAAGAGGAUUCAGAAGGAGCUCAAGGAUCUGCAGAAGGACCCUCCCACCUCGUGCAGUGCAGGUCCUGUUGGUGAAGAUAUGUUCCACUGGCAGGCAACAAUUAUGGGUCCAUCUGAUAGCCCAUAUUCUGGUGGAGUUUUCCUAGUUACAAUCCAUUUUCCUCCUGAUUAUCCUUUCAAACCACCAAAGGUGGCAUUCCGCACCAAGGUGUUCCAUCCAAACAUCAACAGCAACGGGAGCAUUUGCCUUGACAUCCUGAAGGACCAGUGGAGUCCGGCACUAACCAUCUCCAAGGUGCUGCUGUCCAUCUGCUCCCUGCUGACUGAUCCAAACCCCGACGAUCCUUUGGUCCCCGAGAUAGCUCACAUGUACAAGACGGACCGGCACAAGUACGAGAACACCGCGAGGACCUGGACCCAGAGGUACGCCAUGUAGUAGUACCUGGCUGGCCUUUGGGGCCGCCGGGUCUCCGGAAUCGUCGCUGCUGCUGCUGCGUUGUGUUGCCGGACCUGGACGUGUCUCCAUGUUUUCGAUCUGUCCUGUAUAAUGAAUGAUGAAUCAAAUUGGGUUUGCAGUACAGUGCACCACCGUGUGGUGCUGAAUGCUGCUGUAUUGUGUCACUUGGAAGCUGUUAUUCUGAAUGUCAAAAACUGGUGCUUGGAACCGUUUUGCGUCGGAUGAUGCUGCAGGCUA